CAUUGUUGGGCGUCACCCUCGUGCAGAGUUGUUGCUGCACUUUUCUCACUGAAUUUUCGUCCUAGAAUGAUAUACCUAAAUUGGCGGAAGUGGCGCCAUAUUGCGCACAGUGUCGCUCGAGCCGCCAACGAAUCGACACGCAUCACUUUGUUCUCUCGUGAAUUUUCAUCCAGAAAGGCGAGAUUUAGUUCAUGAGGCGGCCGCAAGGCGCGCCGGCGCCGUUGAUUGUCGGCCAUUUUGUCUUGUGCUGACGUCACUCGCAAUUGUCGCUGCAUUUUCGCUCCUGAUUAUUCAUCUAAAAAGAUUCUUUUUUGAAAUUCGGAAAAGAAUUCUGAACGUCUGGAAAGAGAGUAUUGAGUCUGGACGAUCUUUGCCAUAGUCAUCUUUUGAUAAAAGGUGAAAAAUCAUCACCGAGGAUCUGACACAAGGAUCUUCAUUUGUGAGUAACAUGUCAAGAUGACGAAACACCAUCCAGUGGAUGUUUGCCGAAAAAAACAUUUUUGGCCCUUUUACGUCUACCGGAAGUUAGUUCAAAUUUGGCCGCAUACUCGAGAACGGCAGGAUUAAUUCAGGAAUCGAAGAAUCGAGAUGAAAUGGAUAAUUGGAAGGCAAUAAAUUCAGAGGACAGUAAUAGUGACGAUGGUGAAAUUUGUCUUCCGGCGGCCGUUUAUCUUGAACUAUUUAGAAAUCCAGCGAUGCGUGGUCAUUUAAGUGCAAUAAGUCGUGCUUUGAAAAUUCUUGAAAAUCCACUUGAAUCUUAUCAGGAGGCCGAUAUUAAACGUAGUCUGGCGAUAUUGGCGAAAAAUAAUGAUAUGCCAACAAUUACACAGGAGCAGGAUGAUGAUGAAAUGGGCAAUGGACCAACUGAUGGCGAAGGUGGGGAAGAUGGAAUAAAUAAUGACGAUGAUGAGGCUUCUGAAUUUGAUAAUGAAACAUUAGAUAUUAUUUUGAAAAUUCUCAAUGAUAAUGAUCAGAAAAAUGUGCAUGCUGUUGCUAGGGAAUAUUCACUUCCUAACGGACAAAUUGACUUUGAGGCGAUAGAAAGGGAUUAUGGACAGGAAAAACGUAAUAUUGCUUCUUUAGCCAGGGAAUCAAAUUUACCGUCAUAUGGCAAGAGAAAUUUGGCAUCGUUAGCAAGAGAUUAUGCUCUUCCUGGAGGAAAGAGAAAUUUUAGUGAUUUUCUGACGGAGUCGCCAGUGUCGUAUGAAAAACGAAAUUUAGCGUCUUUUAUGAGGAGUUACGGUGGCAAACGUAAUAUAGCGUCAUUAGCGAGGGAUUUUAAUUUACCGCCAAUGCCAGCUGGCGCUGGACGAAAGCGAGCCUUACUGAGAAUUUUGAGUUUGCCAUAUGACGAAAUUGAAAAUGAAGAUAAGAGAAAUGUUGCAUCUUUAUCGAAAAAUCGUGCUUGGCCGACUGUACAUAAACGAUCGGGGAGAUCAAAAAUACCCCUCGUUUUGAGUUUUCUUGCGAAAAAUAGGACUGGAAAAUUAGCCUCGGGAGGUAAAAGGCCGAAGAGGCAAAUUGAUUUUAGUGAUGAAUAUCCAUUGCCGGUCAUGCAAAAUAACAAUGUUUUCGAUUAUGAGGAGCUUUUGGAAGCCCUUGCUGAACAGUAUCCUAAAACAGAGAAGAGGUUCAUGGGAGCAGGUCCUGUGGUGGAGAUGCAGGACAGUGAUACCAGGAAGGUAUAUGACAACUUGCUUCAACCAACUAAAAGACACAUUGGAGCACUAGCUCGUCUUGGAUGGUUACCGACUUUAAGAGCAACUCGAUUUUCUCGCUCCCCAAGAUAUCUAGUCUCCAGGACGAAUUCCGCAGAUGGGACCACGUCCGACGACUCCACCAACACGGCGCCUUGGGCGUUAAGAUCGAGGCUCGGGUCACAAACACGUUACCUACAGUCCAUGUAUGAGGCUUGUCGUCACUUCAACAGAAAGUUUCCAUUCUUAUCGACAGCUAAUAAUUCUAAACAAUAUAAAUUUCCCAUCAAAUCAAAUUAAAUUUAUUAGCUUGAUUUUUUUCUUCGCGACAGUUAAUUUUUCUAUCCUUUUUUUUUUUGGUUUUAGUGAAAAAUAGGUAGAAAAGAGAGGAUAAUUGAGUCGAUUGCUCACAUCUUUAUAUAUCAUGUAAAAUUAGAUGAAAUACUUUUAACUUGUAUCGAUCAUGAAGAUUUUUUCGUUUUUCGAAGAAGAAAAAACUGUUUUAACGACUCUGGAUUACCUCUCUUACCGAUUGGUUUUGUUUCGUUAUCCCUCGAGUGUGUUUUCAAAUUGAUAGAGGGCUUUAACUUGCAGUUUGAAAAUGUAGAAUUUUUAAUUUUUAUUCAAUUUUUGUUUUUUGUAUUUUUAUUUGAAUUUAAAUCCUGAUUUAAAUACAAAAUUUAAAAAUCAAUUUAAAUGUCUUUUUGGGUUCUAAUGAGAAAGUAUCUUUUUUUGAAUGAUGUGCAGUUUUUGAAAUAAUCUGAUAGAGUCUAUUUACAAGAGAAAAAAAAAAGAAUUCUUUUUCUAUAUUUUCCGCUAUUCUUGUUAGAGAAAAACGAAAGAUUAUAUAUCGAUUGUUGAGAAUAACUGUAUCAGAGACAAUAAUUUUUUUAAUUGAAAGUGAAUGAUUCCACUGUACCAUAUCAUAAUUAUUGAACAAUGUCUUAUAAUUAGUGAUAAUUAUUCGAUAGUUGAAUUAAUUUGGAAAAUUUAUAUUUCGAAAUGUUCUAUUGUAAUACCGAGAGUAUGAUUAGUUUUUAGGACUGGUUGAAGUUUUGGAUCUUGAUUAUUUAUUUGUUUAAUUUCUAUUUAUUUGAUAUUUAUUCGAGGCUG